CCGCGCUAGCAUGGAGGCGCUCGGCGGCAGCGAGCCCAGCGGCGACGGAGCCGGGGAUGGUGCCCACCAGGACCCCAGGGGCCCCGGCGCCGCUGCGCCCGGCUCCGGCCCCGGCCCCUGCGCGGCCGCCCGGGAGUCCGAGCGCCAGCUGCGCCUCCGCCUGUGCGUCCUCAACGAGAUCCUGGGCACCGAGCGGGACUACGUGGGCACCUUGCGCUUCCUGCAGUCGGCGUUCCUGCACCGCAUCCGGCAGAACGUGGCGGACUCCGUGGAGAAGGGUCUCACAGAGGAGAACGUCAAGGUCCUGUUCUCCAACAUUGAGGACAUCCUGGAAGUCCACAAGGAUUUCCUGGCCGCCUUGGAGUACUGCCUGCAGCCGGAGCCUCAGUCUCAGCACGAGCUUGGCAACGUUUUCUUGAAAUUCAAGGACAAGUUCUGCGUGUACGAGGAGUAUUGCAGCAACCACGAGAAGGCCCUGAGGCUGCUGGUGGAGCUGAACAAGAUCCCCACCGUGCGCGCCUUCCUGCUGAGCUGUAUGCUCCUGGGCGGCCGGAAGACCACGGACAUCCCCCUGGAGGGCUACCUGCUAUCCCCGAUCCAGAGGAUCUGCAAGUACCCGCUGCUCCUCAAGGAGCUGGCCAAGAGGACGCCUGGGAAGCACCCGGACCACCCCGCAGUCCAGAGCGCCCUGCAGGCCAUGAAGACCGUGUGCUCCAACAUCAAUGAGACCAAGCGGCAGAUGGAGAAGCUAGAGGCCCUGGAGCAGCUGCAGUCACACAUCGAGGGCUGGGAGGGCUCCAACCUCACGGACAUCUGCACCCAGCUCCUCCUGCAAGGCACGCUGCUGAAAAUCUCCGCGGGCAACAUCCAGGAGCGGGCCUUCUUCCUCUUCGACAACCUCCUGGUCUACUGCAAGCGGAAAUCCAGGGUCACUGGGAGCAAGAAGUCCACCAAGAGGACCAAGUCCAUCAAUGGCUCCCUCUACAUCUUCAGGGGUCGCAUCAACACGGAAGUCAUGGAGGUGGAGAAUGUGGAGGAUGGAACAGCUGAUUACCACAGCAAUGGCUACACCGUCACCAACGGCUGGAAGAUCCACAACACUGCCAAGAACAAGUGGUUCGUCUGCAUGGCCAAGACGGCAGAGGAGAAGCAGAAGUGGCUGGACGCCAUCAUCCGCGAGCGGGAGCAGCGUGAGAGCCUCAAGCUGGGUAUGGAGCGCGAUGCCUACGUGAUGAUCGCGGAGAAGGGCGAGAAGCUCUACCACCUGAUGAUGAGCAGGAAGGUGAGCCUGAUCAAGGACCGGCGGAGAAAGCUGAGCACCGUGCCCAAGUGCUUCCUCGGCAAUGAGUUUGUUGCCUGGCUCCUGGAGAUCGGCGAAAUCAGCAAGACGGAGGAAGGGGUCAACCUGGGCCAAGCCCUACUGGAGAACGGCAUCAUCCACCACGUUUCCGACAAGCACCAGUUCAAGAAUGAACAGGUGAUGUACCGCUUCCGCUACGACGAUGGCACCUACAAGGCGCGGAGUGAGCUGGAGGACGUCACGUCCAAGGGCGUGAGGCUGUACUGCCGCCUUCACAGCCUCUACACCCCGGUGAUCAAAGACCGUGACUACCACCUGAAGACCUACAAGUCGGUGCUUCCUGGGAGCAAGCUGGUGGACUGGCUGCUGGCGCAGGGAGAUUGCCAGACGCGGGAGGAGGCCGUGGCGCUGGGCGUGGGCCUGUGCAACAACGGCUUCAUGCACCAUGUGCUGGAGAAGAGCGAGUUCAAGGACGAGUCCCAGUACUUCCGCUUUCACGCCGACGAGGAGAUGGAGGGAACCAGCGGCAGGAACAAGCAGCUCCGCAAUGACUUCCGGCUGCUGGAGAACAUUCUGGCCAAGCGCCUGCUGAUCCUGCCCCAGGAGGAGGACUACGGCUUCGAUAUCGAGGAGAAGAACAAGGCUGUGGUGGUGAAGUCGGUGCAGAGGGGCUCACUGGCCGAGAUGGCCGGCCUGCAGGCGGGGCGCAAGAUCUACUCCAUCAACGAGGACCUGGUGUGCUUGCGGCCCUUCUCCGAGGUGGAGGCUGUGCUCAACCAGUCCUUCUGCUGCCGCCGCCCGCUGCGCCUCCUGGUGGCCACCAAGGCCAAAGAGAUCAUCAAGGUCCCCGACCAGCCGGACGCACUGUGCUUCCAGAUCCGUGGGGCCGCCCCACCCUACGUCUACGCCGUGGGGAGAGGCUCAGAGGCGGCGGCCGCGGGGCUGUGCGCUGGCCAGUGCGUGCUGAAGGUGGAUGGCGGCAGCGUAGCGAGCGCCGGUUCCCUCGCCGUGCUGGAGCACUUCCAGGCCUUCCGCAGCCGGCGCCACGAGGCCCUGGGCCUGUACCAGUGGAUCUACCAUACCCACGAGGACGCCCAGGAGGCCCGAGCCAGCCCCGAGGCCCCCAGUGAGGAUCCCAGGGGCGAGGGGGCCCCCGAGGAAGACCAGCCUGCCUCAGCCUGCCCUCUGCUGUCCCUGGGCCCCCAGCUGAGCCUGCGUGAGGACAGCCCCGUGGUCAGCCUGACGGUGGACAACGUGCACCUGGAGCAUGGCGUGCUGUACGAGUACGUGAGCACAGCGGGCGUCAAGUGCCACGUGCUGGAGCGCGUCGUGGAGCCCCGCGGCUGCUUCAGCCUUGCGGCCAAGGUGCUGGAGGCCUUUGCGGCCGACGACAGCGUCUUUGUGCAGAACUGCGGGCGGCUCAUGGCCCUGGGCAGUGCCAUGGUGACCAUGCCGCACUACGAGUUCCGGCACAUCUGUGACACCAAGCUGGAGAGCAUCAGCCAGAGGGUGGCCUGCUACCGGGAGUUCGCAGCUCAGCUGAGGAGCAGGGUCAGCCCAGCCUUCAAACAAGCGCCCCUGGAGCCCCACCCGCUGUGCGGCCUGGAUUUCUGUCCCACCAACUGUCACAUCAACCUCAUGGACGUGUCCUACCCCAAGAGCACGCCUUCCAUCGGCAGGUCCUUCAGCAUCCGCUUCGGGCGCAAGCCCUCCCUCAUUGGUCUCGACCCAGAACAAGGCCACCUGAACCCCAUGUCCUACACCCAGCACUGCAUCACCACCAUGGCCGCCCCGUCCUGGAAGUGCCUGCCUUCUGCGGACAGGGACUCCGAAGGCCAGGGUCUCGGUGACCCCAGUGGGGCCCCUGGCCAGGAAGACCGGGGCCUGAGCUUCCUGCUCAGGCAGGAGGACCGGGAGACCCAGGACGCCUACCUGCAGCUCUUCACCCGGCUGGGCGUGGCCCUGAAGGAGAUGAAGCAGUACGUCACCCAGAUCGACAGGCUGCUGUCCACCAUCACGGAGCCCACGGUAGGCGGGGCCUGUGAGCCACCCUCAGCUGAGGAGGCUUCCUCGUCCCCGCUAGUCGGCGAGGAGAGCGAGCUGGACAGGAGUGACCAUGGGGGCAUCAAGAAGGUGUGCUUCAAGGUGUCCGGGGAAGAGCAAGAGGACUCGGGCCACGACACCAUGAGCUACCGCGACUCCUACAGCGAGUGUAACAGCAACCGGGACUCAGUCCUGUCCUACACCAGCGUGAGAAGUAACAGCUCCUACCUGGGCAGCGACGAGAUGGGCUCCGGGGACGAGCUGCCCUGUGACAUGCGCAUCCCCUCGGACAAGCAGGACAAGCUGCACGGCUGCCUGGAGCAUCUCUUUAACCAGGUGGACGCCAUCAACACGCUGCUCAAGGGCCCGGUGAUGAGCAGGGCCUUCGAGGAGACCAGGCACUUCCCCAUGGACCACAGCUUACAAGAGUUCAAGCAGAAAGAAGAGUGCACGAUCCGUGGCCGGAGCCUGAUCCAGAUCAGCAUCCAGGAGGACCCCUGGAACCUCCCCAACUCCAUCAAGACCCUGGUGGACAACAUCCAGAGAUACGUGGAAGAUGGAAAGAACCAGCUGCUCCUGGCCUUGCUGAAGUGCACAGACACGGAGCUGCAGCCACGCAGGGACGCCGUCUUCUGCCAGGUCCUGGUGGCCGCCGUGUGCACCUUCUCCGAGCAGUUGCUGGCGGCCCUGAGCUACCGCUACAACAACAAUGGCGAGUACGACGAGAGCAGCCGCGACGCCAGCCGCAAGUGGCUGGAGCAGGUGGCCGCCACGGGCGUCCUGCUGCAUUGCCAGUCCCUGCUGGCGCCCGCUGCUGUGAGGGAGGAGCGGACCAUGCUGGAGGACAUCCGGGUGGCCCUGUCGGAGCUGGACAACGUCACCUUCACCUUCAAGCAGCUGGACGAGAACUACGUGGCCAACUCCAGCGUCUUCUACCACAUUGAAGGCAGCCGGCAGGCGCUGCGGGUCGUCUUCCACCUGGACAGCUACCACUUCUCCAAGCUGCCCUCGCGCCUGGAGAGCGGGGCCAGCCUGCGGCUGCACACGGUGCUGUUCACUCGAGCUCUGGAGGGGGUGGAGGGAGCGCCUCCUCCAGGCAGCCAGGCUGCAGAAGAUCUGCAGCAAGAGAUCAACGCACAGUCCCUGGAGAAAGCUCAGCAGUACUACCGCAAGCUCAGGGCGUUCUACCUGGAACGGUCCAACCUGCCCACGGACGCCAGCAGCACGGCCGUGAAGAUAGACCAGCUGAUCCGCCCCAUCAACGCGCUGGACGAACUCUGCCGCCUCAUGAAGUCCCUGGUACACCCCAAAGCCGGGGCCAGUGGGAGCCUGGGCGCCAGCCUCCUCCCUGUCUCCUCGGAGCUCUGCUACCGCCUGGGUGCCUGCCAGAUCGCCCUGUGCGCCACGGGCAUGCAGAGGAGCACCCUGAGUGUGUCCCUGGAGCAGGCGGCCAUCCUGGCGCGGAGCCACGGGCUGCUGCCCAAGUGCAUCAUGCAGGCCACCGACAUCAUGAGGAAGCAGGGCCCCAGGGUGGAGAUCCUGGCCAAAAACCUCCGAGUCCAGGACCAGAUGCCGCAGGGUGCGCCACGCCUCUACCGCCUCUGCCAGCCGCCCGUGGACGGAGACCUCUGACUGCUGAGGCACCCGGGCCCAGCUGCGUGCCCCGGAGCUGGGCCUGGCAAGGCCGCCGCGGUGCCCGCCAGCUUCUCGGAGCCGUCCUGAGGCUUCUGCUGCCACCACCAUGCCGAGCUCUGCCCGGCUCCCUGCCCUGCCUCCCGUGAGGACCAGCUGGGCCAGCACCGCCUCCAUCCUCCGCCAGAAGCCCGAGAAGCGCCAUUGGUGCAGCCGAGGUCUGGGCCCCUGCGCCCGAGUCCCCGGACCCAGGGACGGGCAUGGCGCCGCGGCCCCGGCUCCCACGGGGUGGCUCAACCUGCACUUUGGAAACCCUCGGUUUCCUCCAGGCCCACAUUCCAGGCGCCCAUGCGGGUCUCCUCCCUGAGCGCCCCUCACCCUGCACUAACCCGGCCCGUGGACCCUGUGUGCAGAGUGCCCCCAGGCCACGCCAGCUUCCCACGCCCCGCUGGACUGUGAGCACCAUGUUUGCUCCGACUCCAUUUAUGUGGCGUGAAUCCUCUGUGGUUGAUCUGACUUGUCUUCGGUGGUAUUGUUGAGAUUUCCCCUAAGGUUGUAAGAUGACAUAUCUGACGUUUGGCCUUCCAAAGGAAGAUAGUCGUCUAAGGGACCAACGUAAGGCGGAACUGGCUUUCCCCAGUCCUGCUAAACCAGGAGAGAAAGGACGAAGUCAUUGACCGUUUUAAAUUGAAUUUCCUUGUUUCUAAUAUUGGGGUUUGAGGCAUCACCCCCACGGCCCCCUCUACUCUCUGCCAUGAGUCUAGGCCAGGCCAGGGCUGGGGACUGGGGUGGUGCUGGGCCGCCUGCCUAGGAAGCUGGCGGGCCGAGGUUGGGGGCACACCGGGGACGCCUGGUGGUAAGACUUCUGUAAUUUAUUGAUCCGAUGCUAGCAUCUCAGAGCUCAGCCGCCCUGGGCACCACCCCAGCUACUGUACACCUUCAGGGAACCCUCAGAGCGAGCAGCAGGGGAGGGCACGCCGGGUCGCCCCGGCUGGCGGCAGAGGAGGUCGGGCUGGCCUUGUGCUGCUCGAGGCCCGUGGGCAUCCCGACCCCACAGCUCCCGGGGCUGCCUGCACUGCCUGGCCUCGUGUGUGGGACUGAGGGCGGCCUUGGGGCUGUCUCGUCACAGACACAAACCCAAGGCCCCGCCUUAGCCCCGUGGGGAGAGCCAGGGCACGCGCACUGGUUGACUUUGAAAUGUACAGAUUCUUGUUCAAUUCAUGAUAGAUUUUUUAUUAUUAUUAAA